GGCAUUCUCUUUCCUUAUUUCUUUCUGAUUUGUGUCUUCAAGAGUGUUGGUUUGUUUGAGAGGGAUAUCAGUGUUAAAGCCUGUCUCCAUUUUUUAUUUUUUAUUUAUAUAUAUAAUAUAUAUAUAUAUAUAUAAAAAUUGUAUAGAGGUGAAGCUGCAACUCUCCUUUUCCAGAAGGCGAUUGCAGCCCUAAAAAGAAAAGGAAAAAAAAAAAAAAAAGAAAGAGCGAAAGAGAAAGGAAAGAGACGAGAGAUAGAACGACAACACAAAGGGAAAAAAAGAAAGAGAAAUUAGAAGAAUUGAAGAACAACCCCUUUCAAUUCCAAUUCCACUCUAUCGAAAAUGAUACCCCAAGUCCUUUGCUUAAACAGUGAAUUGAUCGGUGGGAAAUUUUAGUGUAAAGGAAUUAUGAAAUUUUGAUGAUAUGGGAAUUAUAGCAAAAUUUCAGUGAUUCCAGCACUAUAUAAUUGUGAUUCUAUGUCACAACAAGACUACCAACAAGGUGCGGCGGCGGCGGCAGGUUUCUUCACGCCUUUUACCAAUGGCUUUGAUAGAUCCUCCACACCCCUCCAAGACUCUCAACAACAUUACCAACACAUAACCCACCAGAUCCGUAAAGAGAAGCUCCGCCUCCAAGGCUUCGACGCGCCGCCACAUCAUCCACCGUCGUUAAUCGGAAUUGACGAUGACGAUGACAACGACCAAUCCGCUGUCCACCACGUCUACGACUCUGCUGGAAUUUUAUCCGAAAUGUUCAAUUUUCCUCCGCCUGCGCUGCCGCCACCACCGCCGCCGCCACCGCAAACCGACUGGUACGGUAACCGGCAAACAAUCAACGUUACCGACUCGGCGGUCGCCAUGCAGCUUUUUCUAAUGAACCCGAAUCCUCGGUCGCCGUCUCCACCACCGCCACCGUCGACACUCCACAUGCUUCUUCCAAACCCUUCUUCAGGAGGGUCUUUUGGACAAUUCACAUGGGGGGUGGUUCCGGAACAAGAAGCAGGAGACCGUUCUUCUUCAAACCCUAACGUAGGCCGUCUUUCAUUGUCAUUAUCAUCGUCUUUGGAAGCUGCAAAAGCGGAGGAAUUGAGAAUGGGUGACAGUACAAACGGGUUACUUUAUCAGCACCACCAUCACCCGCAACAUGUUCAUGUCGGAAUUGGGUCCUCCAAUCCACUGGGAGUUGUCAACUUAUUGAGAAACUCAAAAUAUGUCAAAGCUGCACAAGAAUUAUUAGAGGAAUUUUGUAGCGUUGGAAGAGGUCAGUUUAAGAAAAACAAUAAUCAUGAUAACAAAUUUAAUAAUAAAUCAAAUUUGCCCUCCAACUCCAAUUCCCACGGCGGCAGCGGCGGCGGUGACGGUGCCGGAGUUUCUUCCUCCUCUACAAAGGAUCAUCAGCCAGCUUUGUCAGCAGCUGAUAGAAUUGAACAUCAAAGGAGGAAAGUCAAAUUGUUAUCUAUGCUUGAUGAGGUGGAUCGAAGAUACAACCAUUACUGCGAGCAGAUGCAAAUGGUGGUGAAUUCAUUCGACGAGAUGAUGGGGUUUGGAGCGGCGGUGCCAUACACAGCAUUGGCGCAAAAGGCAAUGUCAAGACAUUUCAGAUGUCUAAAGGAUGCUAUAUCAGUGCAGUUGAAACAUAGUUGCGAGAUGUUGGGAGAGAAAGAUGGGGGUGGAAGAGCCUCAGGAAUAACAAAGGGAGAGACUCCGAGACUUAAGCUCUUAGAGCAAAGCCUUAGGCAACAACGAGCUUUCCACCAAAUGGGCAUUAUGGAACAAGAAGCUUGGCGUCCCCAACGCGGUUUACCCGAACGCUCUGUCAACAUCUUGCGAGCUUGGCUCUUUGAGCAUUUCCUUCACCCAUACCCUAGCGAUGCUGAUAAACAUUUGUUGGCUAGGCAGACUGGUUUGUCAAGAAAUCAGGUAUCAAACUGGUUCAUUAAUGCCAGGGUUCGAUUGUGGAAACCCAUGGUGGAAGAAAUGUACCAACAAGAAGCCAAAGAAGAUGAUGAUAUUGAUAAUAAUACAGAUGAAGAACACACACCAACCAACCCUCAACAAAUCACCACUAAUAAUCCCNCGCCGCCUCUCCACCCACAAGACCCCUCCACACUUCCUCCCAAAACCAACACUAUUUCUUCCUCCUCCGUCGCCACCACCGCAACCCAGGUGGGUCACUGCUUUCCGGCCACCCAUUAUGACCCAGACCUGCAGGACACGUGUCGCCGUGUCAGCGUUCUCGCUGCACCUGAUCUUCAAUUCGGGACCACAAACUCUUCUGCCACGUCUGACAUCCCCGGGCCCACCACGCUCAUAAGGUUCGGGACCACCGCCGGUGACGUGUCGCUCACACUAGGUUUACGCCAUGCCGGGAAUAUCCCCGAUAAAACCUCUCCUUUCUCUCUCAGAUCCGAGUUUGGAGGCUGUUAAAUUUUUAUUAAAUUUCACCAUCCCAAUAUUUAUAAUUUAAUAUAGACAUAGUUUAAAGUUUAAACACCA